GAAAAAAAAAAUUAUCUAACAUAUUCUCAAAUCUACAGGAAGGGGUAGUGAAACACUAAAGCAGAUUCACCAGCUUCAAUGGCUUUCACAGGAAAGGGUUUCUUGGUGGUAGUCUUGUUCGGCUUUUCUUACCUAUUGUUUAGCCUGGAAAUCGCAAGUGCGGCGACUUUCGAUGUAACAUCUUACGGUGCAAAGGGCGAUGGGAGUACAGAUGACUCUCAAGCUUUCCUUCAAGCAUGGGCUGACUUGUGUGGUGAUGAUUCGACAUACCCAACAUUAAUCAUACCAUCAGGCAUGACAUUUUUAAUAAGCCCGCUGACAUUCGAUGGUUCGUCAUGCAAAUCCCUUAAUAUAAAUAUCAAGCUUUUGGGCACUAUCACUGCCCCAAAUACACUCGAUGGAUGGAAAGAUUGUGUACACAGACAGUUUUGGAUAGUUUUCGUAGCGGUGAAAGGACUCACCAUUGAUGGACCUGGCCGAUUUGAUGGGCAAGGCUCGACCUGGUGGAGGAUAAAGGAGAAAACUGAAACUUGUGAUCGUCCAACGGCUAUACAUUUUAAUGGGUGCCCGGGUCUUCGGCUGAAAGGCACAACACAUAUUAACAGCCCAUUUCUUCAUAUUAGUAUCAAGGAAUGCCAAGAUGUAGAUAUCGGAAAUCUUCAAAUCAAAGCACCUGGAAACAGCCCCAAUACUGAUGGGAUUGACAUCAGUGAUUCUUCACAUGUUAAUAUUCAUGACUCUAAUAUUCAAACUGGUGAUGAUUGUGUGGCUAUAAACGGUGGCGUCGUUGAUAUUAAUGUGACAAAUGUGUGGUGUGGACCUGGUCAUGGCAUAAGCAUCGGAAGCCUUGGGGAAAAUGGGGGUCAUGACACCGUUGAACAAGUCCUUGUACAAAACUGUAACAUCACAGGAACCAGCAAUGGAUUACGAAUCAAGACAGUGCCGAAUGGGACCGGAUAUGCUAAGGGGAUCCGAUUUCAGGACAUUAAUCUCGUUAAUGUCCAAAAUCCAAUCAUAAUUGAUCAAUAUUACUGCACCCAUUCUGGUAAUGUUGUUUGCCCACCACAGUCGUCGACAAAAGCAGUGCAAGUGAGCGAUGUGACAUAUACGAAUAUCUACGGAUCUUCAGCAUCAAAGUUUGGGAUUGUUUUCAAUUGCAGUGAGAUAUAUAAAUGUACUAAUAUCGUGGUAAACAACGUACAUAUUACUGGAGAUGCAGAUCUUGAUACUGGAGGUGAAGAUCUAGCUUACUGCAAAAACGUUCAAGGAGAAUUUGUUGAUACCACUCCAAGUGUUAGCUGUUAUUAGAUUCAUGCUGCCCCAUACAUAGGAAUGUUAUCAAAGAAUAGAUACAGAGAUUAUUGAUUUUAUAAAGCUAGGUAGUUACUUUGAGAAAUAAGCUGCUUAAAGAUUGCAGCUUUAAAAGCUCCAAAAAAAUGAGAAACUUUAGACAGUAGAAAUGAAAGAUAAUGUUUAGAUAUUUUAUCAAAGGGGAAUAUAAAUUAAAGGCCUUUUCCAAUCU